AUGGGAGUCCCAAAAUUCUACAGAUGGAUAUCGGAGAGAUACCCUUGUCUUUCCACGGUGGCAAGAGAAUACCAGCUGCCCGAUUUCGAUAAUCUCUACCUGGACAUGAAUGGUAUCAUUCAUGUCUGUUCGCAUCCGAACGACGCCGAUGCUCAUUUCCGAAUCACUGAAGCCGAAAUCUUCAAGAAUAUUUUCGAUUACAUCGACUUCAUAUUCAGGAUGGUCAAGCCGAAGAAAUACUUCUUCAUGGCUGUGGAUGGUGUAGCUCCAAGGGCUAAGAUGAACCAACAGAGAGAUCGCCGAUUUCGCUCAGCGAAAGAAGCCCAUGAAUCCGAGAAACAAGCAAAGCAGAAAGGCGAAGAGCUCCCGACGGAUAAGCGUUUCGAUUCGAAUUGUAUAUCGCCUGGAACCGAAUUUAUGGAGCGACUCCACGAGCAGCUGAAAUACUUCGUCGUGAUGAAAUUAUCGACAGACCCAGUCUGGCAGCGGCCCAAUUUGAAGAUUCAUCUCAGUGGUCAUGACGCUCCGGGGGAGGGAGAACACAAGGCCAUGGACUUCAUCCGAUAUAUCAGAUCCCAAGACGAUUAUGAUCCCAACACGCGUCACUGCAUUUACGGUCAGGACGCUGAUCUCAUCAUGCUUGCCUUAUGCACCCAUGAGCCCCAUAUCGCCUUGCUAAGGGAAGAAAUUGUAUACGGAAAAAAUACCCAAAAACGAGUUCAAAGUGCGGACAAAGUCACGUUCCAUUUACUCCACGUGAAUUUGCUCCGGGAGUAUCUCGACCACGAAUUUUCGGAGUUGAAAGCUCCAGGAGUUUUGAAACAGGGUUACAACUUGGAGAAUAUCAUCGACGAUUGGCUUCUGAUGUGCUUUUUAGUCGGUAAUGACUUCCUCCCUCAUCUCCCCAACCUUCACAUUGCUCAUGACGCGCUCCCGAUCCUGCACAAAACAUAUUGUUCCGUCCUCCCCACUGUGGAUGGCUAUCUCCAUGAGCAAGGCAAACUGAAUCUGAAAAACUUCGAAGUCUUCUUGAAAAAACUCGGAGAAAGGGACAGGGAGAUGUUCGAGCGUAUUGAGGAGAAGCACCCAGACGGCAUGAAAAAGACGGAGAGGACCGAGAUGGAAGCGGCACGCAAAAAGUUUCCCGGACUCGAUAUACCCGACGUAGAUAGCGAUGAAGAUAUUUGGGAGGAGGAAUUCCGCCAGCGGAAACGACACUACUACAUGUCGAAGAUGGGCUACGAUGAAGUCACUGAGAGUGUUCUCCGAGAACAAGCUGAGGGAUAUAUCCGGGCGGUUCAAUGGAAUCUUCAUUACUACUACAACGGAGUCCAGAGUUGGAGCUGGUACUAUCCUCACCAUUAUUCACCAUACAUAUCGGAUAUAAAGAACUUCAGUCAUCUGAAGUUCGACUUCGAGCCCGGUAAGCCGUUCCUGCCUUUCCAACAGCUCCUGUCCAUCAUGCCAACAGCUUCCAAGGAGCUGGUUCCCGCCGCGUACAGGCGUCUGAUGACGGAAGACGAUUCUCCCUUGAGAGAGUAUUUCCCUGACGAUUUCGAGACGGAUCUCAAUGGAAAGACACAAGAAUGGGAGGCAGUCGUCCUGAUCAAGUACAUUGAGGAAGACAUUCUACUGAAUUCGAUGAAAAACUUUGACCACCUCCUCACGGAGACCGAAAAAAUGCGUAACAAGCAUGGAGCUCAUCUGGAGUACGAGUACACACCGAAAGCUUUAGAAUCCUAUCCGUCGCCGAUUCCGGGCCACAAAUGGUUCCCGGAUAUCAUCACAUCACAUGCGAAACGAACGGAGUUCCCAUCCGAAGAGUAUAGGCUCGAGAUUCAUUCCUUGAAGAAGGGUCGCUUGCCGAACACCCAGAACAGCUUCUAUUUCCCCGGUUUCCCUUCUCUACGUUUUCUGCCGCACAGAGCCGAGCUGCUUCUGCAGGGCUGCACGGUAUUCCAGCAGGCUUCGAGAGGCUAUAACAUGAUUUUGCACCUGGAGGACAAACCAGCCGAUGUGGACACGUACGCAAAACUCAUCGGCAAGGAGAUCCACAUAAAUUAUCCGCAUCUCAAACAGGCUAUCGUGGCGAAAGUUUGCUCGGAUAACACGAUAACAACCGCCGAUGGAACGAAGAAAAUGUCCGAGAUUGAAGUCAAGGACCACGCCCGGAAACUCGAGUCGCUCCAUAGUGAGUUGAAAUUCCGUUGGGGAAUCCAUACUGGCAAGGCUCCGAAAUUGAUUCUCUAUUGCAAACCUCUCAUCGGUCGGAAAUACAUGUACCGCGGGAACGAUCAGGUCACGAUUGAGAAGGAGUGGUCGGAUAGUGAAGUGCCCGUCUUGCACAACACGAUAGUCACUGAUCUAUUGGAGCACGAAACCGAGGUGAAAAACUUCAAAACUUUGGAUGAGGUUUUCAUCGAAAAGACCCCAGUCUUCUUGAUGACUCUCAAUGAAUACGGGAUGCAGGCCGCAGUGAAGUCGAUUCUUUCCGAAGGCUACAUUCUCGUCGAAAGCGAAUUCCGAGAAGAACCUGACUUUAUGGACAUUCGCAAACGCGAGCCCGAGUUGCGCAAAAACGACUUCCUUCCAUCGUUCCGAUUAGCUCGGGAACUCGGCUUGGAAAAUCAUUUAGUUGCGCGUCUCACCGGCUGCGUUCAGGUUCAGUUGAACUCACAGGAAGCCGAUACAAGUCAAACGAUAAACAUCGGUCUCAACUUGAAAUUCAAUAAGAAAAAUGAAGAGGUUGUUGGUUUCUCGAAACGGAUUAAAACGAAGGAUGGUCGUAGCGAAUGGAGAUUCUCUCACGCAACUCUGAGCACUCUACGAGACCUGCUCAAUACGUUUGGAGAAUUCUAUGCGAAGCUCCGGGACUGCUUUGAAAUGGACAAGAUCCCAUUGGAAAGAUGCUUCAGCGGCGACGCUUACGGACCCGCUCUGAAUAGAGUCCGAGAGGUGUCUAAGUGGAUCAAGGAGCGACCUUGUUCGAAGGCACCGCGACAGAAAUCAGGAGGCAUCGUUUUCGAUGAAGGCGUCGUUGAGGCCAUACAGCGGCAUGUGGACAAGCACAAUGAAGCUCCGACCCAGUUGAUCAGCGUCAAGGCAUACGCAAGCGACAUAUAUCUCCCUGGAUUACAUCUUGGACUUUUCGCGCCGGACCCAAAAGCGUUCUUCUGUAUGUACGAUAGAAUCGUAAACAUCAGGCCCGAUAUUACCAUCCCGAUGGGCUUGAAAGGAACCGUGAUAGGCAUCCACAAGUAAGAAUCCGCGGACGACCGAGAAGCCACCUACGAAAUACUUUUCGAUGAGGAUUUUCCCACCGGGAACGAGAGCCGCGGAGCUCGUGGCAAGCGUGUCGCUACUCUGUCGAGCGUGUCGAUGAUCAACAUUACGCAUGGCGCGCGGAUGAACGGUUCGGACAAAUACCAUCAAGAGGUUGCACGCAAAAGCCAAGGAGCGUGGGGCUCUCAAGCUGAAACAAAAAUGAGAAUCCUUGGGAAAGCUACGCCGGCGCCAAACAAGGACAAUUCGCGGAGAAAGUCAGAGAAGCACGUCCCGGCGAAACCUGCGGAGGAAGCAAAGCCCGUCACGCUGUUGACGAGGACCCAGAAGGAUGGAACGACACAGCCGAAGUCGAAACCGCAGCAGGCCGACCAGAAGAGCGAGCAGCAGUGGUUCCAGCCGUUACCUGAUACCAAAGGCGACCGCCAGCCCGGCAAGAAUAGCAAGAAGGGAGAGACGGGACGCUCCCCGGAGAAGCCCGCCCAGACGACGCCUCCUCAGAGAAGACCUCCACAAGCGAAGGAAAUUAACAUCAGUGUUGCCGAACUUUUCAACGAGAUCCCAGGUGUAAGAGCGGAGCAAGGCUCGAGGAGCUCGCGGCAGCAAGUAAAACACCGCCAGCCGCAGCCGGAACAAGCAAAGCCGAAAGUACAGCAACAGCGCGCGCAAGAACCCCAGCAGCCGCAAGCAAACCCGGCGCUUGGCUCCUCGCACACAACCCGGUGGAGAGACCCGACAUCAGCCAAAACCAAGGUCAUCAGCAACAUCCUCAUCAUCAUCAGCAACAUCGUCAUCUCCAUCAGCACCAAAAUCCUAAGAUGGUCCCCCGCCAUCCGCACGAUCCUCGAGGACACCAUCAUCCGAAACAUCAAGCCGGUCCACCUCGGCCCCUUGAUUUUCCAAGUCGGGGACCUCGAGGACAUUUCCACGGGAGACCAAGCCAUGCCGGAUAUGCGUAUGGCCCGCCACAACAAACGUACAAUUGUCACCCUCCACAUCAGCACCAUAAUCAGCAGCCGAGGCGUUUUGCUCGCACAAGCCGGCAGGAAAGCCGGAUCUGCACCUGCGCAAAAUGACAGCAAGCCUGGGACCGAGUCGGGCAAAAAGGAUCAGAAAAAGAGGACCCCGUUGGUGUGUGAGGUCGCCCCCAUACGUGGACCGAUGUGGAAAAGUGAGGACGACAAGUCCGACGCAGUUGAGAAGCGUGCUGCAACGGAUGCGCGUGCAGCAGACUCCACCAAGAAGCAAGCGGAUUCUCAGAAGCCUCAGCCUAAUCCUGCGAAGGCGCUACCUCAACAAGAAUCGAACUCGGCAGGAGCUACUGAGGGACCCGCGGUCCGAAGACGGACUGGGAAAUACGUUAAGAAAGAAACGCCACCGAAUCUCACCGUUGUAAAUACGUGGUCCGGGGGGAAAACCAAGAAGACCAAAGGAGUCAGCUGCUCCGGGGUGCGGGAAUGUUCGUCGUUGAUGUCACUGGACGAUCGAACUCCCACACCCACAUCACUCGCUGAAAAAUGUGCCAAAGCAAAAGCUCAGGCGAGCGGGACGACUGCCCCAUCGAGUGCUUUGGCGCGGGGUCCUGUACGGAGCUGGCCCGCGCUCCAACUCGCCGACCCUAUGAGCAAACUUUCUCAGCAAACAAUUCUCGUGAUGCCCUCCCAGGCAACGUGCGCGGACUACGCGAAUUUCGAACAAUUACGCCGGGAGCAACUGCAACCAAAGAUGCCGCAAGUCGAAACGAUAUACCUUAAUGCGAACAUGGCUCAACAACUGGCCGCAUCUACGAUGCUGACGCCGCCCCAAAGUUCAUCUAGUCAAUCCUUGGUGUCGUGUUCGUCCUCGCAGCUCGAUCCGGUGACGCAGGAGCCCAUAUACCAAAACGAUCCCAAAUAUCACCAAUUCCAUGGACUCGGGGGGUCCAGAGUGACGUUGAUGCCGUUCGAUCAUCUCGGCUCCAGUUCGAGCAUUUUCUCGCGUGCCGAGGAUGAGGACCGUCUGUUGCCGUUGCAACCGGGGGUGACUCUCAUGCAUCAUCGGCCGUCGGUAGGAUCGUCCACUGCGUCAUCCUCCUACUACGACGAGAAGAACUACGUCGGUUCCCAACAAAUCCAGUGUCAAACACAGAAUGAGAAACUCUACCAAAACUGCGAUGAGCUCCCGCUACCGCCGGGCUGGUCAGUCGACUUGACGAUGCGUGGACGUAAAUACUACAUCGAUCACAACACCAAAACCACUCAUUGGAACCAUCCAUUAGAAAAGGAAGGCUUGCCGACGGGUUGGGAACGCAUAGAAAAUCCAGAUUUCGGAGUAUACUACGUGAAUCACAUAAGUCGCCUGUCGCAAUAUGAGCAUCCAUGUCUGACGCAUUAUGGCCCCAUGGCAUCCCAGGGUGCGCUGGUACCUUCUCCCAGAGGACCGCCAGUGCAUCACGAGUUCCAUCAACAUAAUGUUCUUGUGCCACCGAAUCCGUACCUGACGGAAGAGAUACCGCAAUGGUUGCUGGUUUACUCCCGAGCACCCGCGCUGCACGACCACAAGAUCAAAUGGUUGUUAUUUAAGUUACCUGAGUUGGAAUGUUUCCAAGCGAUUUUGAGUCGGCUAUACAAGGAAGAGGUUGAGGAGAUCGUCAUGAGCGCAACAGCAACAUCAACCAAUUCAGCAAGCGCAACAAGCCCAUCAAGCGCCACCACAAACUCUGCAAGUAGUUCAGGUGCAACAAGCGCACACCAGCACCUGCCACCGCAGCAGCAGCAGCAACAGCAGAUAUCGCAACAGCAGCAUACGGAGCAACAACUUGUGGAUCAACAACAGCAGCCGCAGCAGCAGCAGCAGCAAACCACGAAGCCGAAGCCCACAGCUUCGUAUUCGAGCACCGCAGUGGUGUCUGUACAAGGCAAUUUCCCUCAGCAACAAUCGCAACAGCAACAACAACAGCAGCACAACAAUACUCAUCAACAGCCGAGCGAAACUACCAAUACGAAGCUUUAG